AUGUUUAUUACACACUUAACUCGGCCCAGGCUGCCGAUAACCUUGAGGAGGGAGCUUUUGGCUUUGCAGGAGAAGAUUAAGAAUAAGGAGAUCAGCAUUCCGUUUGUUUUUUAUGAUGGCACUAAUGUUGCUUCCCCCACCGGAGAGGGAGAGACGGUUAAGAAAGGCGAGGCCGUAUGGCUCUUUCCCAAACGUGCUAGGAGAAUGUCUAGAUGCAGGGAGUGGCUCAGAGUUUCGGUCGAUGAUUUACUGCUCGUCCGCGGCGAAGCGACAAUACCCCAGCACUUUGAAUUCUACUAUUUUAUCGUCAAUCGCACCCUGGGGCCCAACGGAUUAUUAUUUCAUUUUCCUUCAUCCCCAUCGCCUACCCCCCAGACCCGCACUCCGAAUCCCAAUAGAGACAACCCUACAAUGACUAAUAUGGUGGAUCGCCGCUGGUACGAACUGAUUAAGCAGAUAUUCCCCGCGAGCGUGUGGACAGAAUUUAACCCACAUAAAGAUUACUCGAACACGGUAAGGCGGGAUAUGGGUGGGAAUACUUUUUUUUUCUGGUUAAACCAGCUCCUUCUCAGUGGUCAACUCUGGCUGCUCCCUGGUUAG